CACAUUGGUGCAAGCAACUCGAAGCGAACGAGUGCUUGCUGCCAUUCGUUGCGUGUGCUCUGCUCUUGGCAUCUCUCUUCACGCUUUGCUAGCUCUCGAAGAAGCAGAGGGUGUGUGAGUGAGAGAGAUCAGAGAUGCACCGCAAGGGAGGCAGCGCGGUGAUAGCCGUGGUGCUGGCGCUGGCCGGCAUGGCGGCAACCUCGUCGGCGGCUGUCUACAAGGUUGGCGGCGCCUCCGGGUGGACAAUCCUCGGCAAUGUCAACUACACCGACUGGGCUGGGAAGAACACCUUCCAUGUGGGAGAUAUCAUAGAGUUCAAGUACCCGCAGGGCAUCCACAAUGUGCUGGAGGUGAAGAAGGCAGACUACAACAGCUGCACCAACUCGACGCCCAUCGCCACGCACACCUCCGGCGACGACAAGGUCACCAUCAAGAGCCCCGGCCACCGCUUCUUCAUCUGCGGCGUGCCGGGACACUGCGCCGCCGGCCAGAAGCUCAACGUCCGCGUGCUCAAGACGCAGCGGCCGCGCUCCUCUGACGCCCCUUCCCCGGCUCCCGCCGCGUCCGCCUCUGCGCCGGCGCCAGCAGCGGCUUCCCCGCGCGCGGACGGCCAGACAGCCUCGACGCCCCCCGCCGCGUCGGGGACAACGUCGGACGGAGGGGCCACGACGAGCGCGCCCGCGCCGAACGCCAACGGCGCCGGCAUCGUCAGCGCAGGGUACCCGGCUUUUGCGGCAUUGGCCGUGGCCGUGGCCGUGUCCAUGACGAUGUUACAGUACUAGUACUAGUCCUUUGGUCUUGUGUUGUGUGCGUUGCGUUCAUCUCUCGGCGGUGUCCGAUUCUUUUUCCUGUUCUAUGUGUGGAGUGCUAGUAAUAUUGUCCUGUUCUCGCUGAGUUAUUUUUUACCAUGUUCAUGUUUUUACUGGGUUAUUUUAUUUCCAUGCAUGUAUGGAUGUAUCAAUUGAUAUUUUGUACUUUGCGUUUAAUAUCUUAGUGAUGCAAAUAUUACUCCCCUCCAUUAGUGUAUA